AUGGCUACCAACAACCUGCAGACACCGCAUCUGGUCGAUACGGAAUGGUCGAAGCAGCUCAUCGUCAAGGGAAAGCCCUUUCUCAUACGGGGGGGCGAGCUGCAAAAUUCUUCGCUCACCUCCGCCGAGUACAUGAACACUGUCUGGCAGCAGAUGGUUGACACGAACGUCAAUACGCUGCUGGGCUGCGUGGCAUGGGAAGAUAUCGAGCCCGAAGAGGACCGUUUUGACUUUGCGGAGCUGGACAGAGUGAUCGAAGGUGCCCGCAAGCACGGUCUGCAUUUGAUCCUGCUGUGGUUUGGUUCGUUCAAAAACGCUGAUGUCGUUUCCAUCUUCCACCCCGAAGUGCGCCAAGCGGACGCCAGGGCCUUCGGGACGUUGAUGUCUCACUUGAAAGCGUUUGAUGAGGCCCACUCGACCGUCGUCAUGGUCCAGGUCGAGAACGAGACAGGCCUGCUCGGCGACUCGAGGGACGGAUCUGACGUCGCCAACGAGGCCUUCAGCAAGGCUGUUCCCCAGGAUCUUGUCCAACAUCUCGUUUCGGACUGGGACAACCUGCACGCAGACAUGAAGAAGACAAACCUGAGCCACUUUGACCCCGAAUCAGUGCCGGAAGACGGCAACUGGGAAACCAUCUUUGGCACCAGCCCACGUACGGAUGAGCUCUUCAUGGCAUACCACUACGCCAAGUAUCUCAACGACGUGGCAGCGGCCGGCAAGGCCGAGUAUGACAUACCCCUAUACACAAACGUGUGGCUGAACUAUGCCGGCGAGGAUUCGGACAACGAUUUUCCCAUCGUCGUUGGUGGAGGCGGUUCCCCCGGCGACUAUCCAUCAGGCGGUGCGUGCUCCAACGUGUUGGACGUUUGGAUCAAGUUUGCGCCUCGCCUCGACUUCAUUGCACCCGACGUCUACCUCACCGACUACGCAAGCUCGUGCGAAAAGUAUCGCCACCGAAACCAGCCCCUCUUCAUACCUGAGCAGCGGCGAGACGACUACGGGGCGCGCCGUAUCUGGGCCGCCUACGGUACUUUCGCUGCCAUGGGUGUUUCGCCUUUUGGCAUCGACACGCUCGAGCCUGGCACGAACCCCUUCACCAAGCAUUUUGGCCUCCUCAAGUCGACUUCGGUCAUUGUGCUUGACGCUCAGCGUCGAAGGGACACCUCGGUUGGCUUUUUCUUCGACGAGGUCCCCUCAGUCCCAACUGCAAAAGACACGCGCCCCCUUGUACGCCGCACAUGGGGCGGAUUCCACAUCACUAUUGAACGGGCCUUCGUCUUCGGCAGACCUGGCCCCGGCGCCGGCAUGGUCAUUCAUCGCGGCGGUGGCAAGUUUCUGCUCAUUGGCUGGGGUUUCCAGGUGUCGGCCAAGGCUGUGGCCGAGGACAGCGUAUUCACCGGAAUCUUGCGAUUUGAGGAGAAGAAGGUUGUCAACGAGGCGACGGGUCAGCUCAGGACGGCGCGGGUGCUUAACGGAGAUGAGACGAGGAGCGGACAAAUGGCACUGAUGCCCAACGAGGAUCCAGACUAUGGCGGGUUCCCCAUCUGCGUGACCAUCCCAGCGAGGACCAUGAUCGCAGAAGUUCAAUUCUACUCCCUGACCGAAUAA